AUGAAUAUAAAUGAGACUAGAGAAAAGGAAAAUAAUAGUGAAAAGGGUGAAAACAAAUUGGAGGGUCAAACAAAUGAAAAUAAUAAUGGAGAGGUCAGUGAAAAGAAAAACGGUGAAUCUAGUGAAAAAGAAAGUGAGAAGGUAAACAAUAAUGAGACAUGUGAAAAGGAAAAUAAUAGUGAAAUGACUCAUAAAAAUGAAAAUGAGAACAACCAGAGAAAUCAAACCAGUGUAGUAGAAAGUGAAAAGAAAAUUUGUGAAGGAAGUGAAAAGAUGAAUAAAAGUGGAAAAAGUGAAACGAAAGGGAUAAGUGAUAAAGAAUGUAAACAGAAAAUGAAUAGUGAAACAAGUAAGGAAGAAGUUGUUCAGAAAAAGCUUAAUGAAUCAGGUGAAGGAGAAAUUGAAAAUAAGAAGGUAAUAGAAAAGGAAGGUGAAAGUAAUGAUGUAGAAAUAGAAGAGAAUGAGUCCAUGGAUUUUGAUAUUAUCCCUUUACUGGAAGAGACCCAGCAGGAAAGAAUUAUACUGAAUGUUGAUGGACAAAAGUUUGAAACUUCAAGAGUGACUUUAUCCAAAGAUCCAAACUGUCUACUGGCGAAAAUUGUAGGGAAAAAUGGGAUGACCCCUAGGUAUGGAAAUCAGUAUUUCAUAGACCGAGAUCCUGCUCACUUCAGACUUGUUCUAAACUUUAUUAGGAAUGGUUCUUGUGAUCUACGCACAUUACCACAUGAUCUCAGGUACUUAUAUGAACUGUAUUACGAAGCAUAUUACUAUAAUCUGCCCGAGUUGGUAGAAGCCGGCAUUGGAAAAAUUGAACAGUGCAGUGUGUUUAGUGCGAGUGUAGUACCUUUGAGUAAACAAAGACGUUAA